GCUGCGUGGCCGAAGCAUCCUCAGACCAGGAGCGCAAGACCUCUCCAGGUUCCCGUGUUUGCCUCUCGACGGGACCGCUGGAAGGCAUCAAAACAACUGCGGUUCACCUCGACUCUCAUAUGCGGUCUCCAAAACCAAGACGACGGUGCUGCAUCGGUCCUACGAAGUGCCAUGGCUAGAAAGACGGACAUCCCCUCCUCUUACUAUGGUGAGCCGCGCAAGUUUGACCCAAACUUCAGAGGGCCUGUUCAUAACAGGAGCUGCACUGAUGUGGUUUGCUGUGUUAUCUUCGUCAUUGUCAUCCUUGGCUACAUCGCUCUGGGUACCGUGGCCUGGAUCCACGGUGACCCCAGGAAGGUCGUCUAUCCAACCGACAGCCACGGUCAGUUCUGCGGCCAGAAGAACACUCCCAAUGCAAACAAAGCCAUAUUAUUCUACUUCAACAUGUUGAAAUGUGCCAAUCCUGCAGUUUUAAUUAACCUCCAGUGCCCUACAACCCAGCUCUGUGUCUCCAAGUGCCCUGACAGAUUUGCCACUCUCCUGGAUGCGUGGAAUACCAAAAACUGGGAAUAUUACAAGCAGUUCUGCAAGCCGGGCUUUGAGAUUGGCAGUAAGUCAACUGUAGAAGUCGUACGAAAUGAAGACUGCCCAUCUAUGAUUGUGCCAAGCAGACCUUUCCUUCAGCGGUGCUUCCCAGAUUUCAUUACAAGAAAUGGAAUUUUAACUGUAGCCAAUCAGACAAUCUUCAAAGAUGGUGAGAAUAACAAGAGAAGUGUCACCGACCUUAAAGAUGCUGCCAACCAAGUAACCGCCAUGCAGCAAGGAGUGGAAAGAGGUAUCACCAGUCUGCUCAAUGCCAAAGAAGUUGGCAUGAAGAUCUUUGAGGAUUAUGCAAAUUCCUGGUACUGGAUCCUCAUUGGUCUGGUGAUAACCAUGGUAGUCAGUCUGCUCUUUAUCCUCCUGCUGCGCUACACUGCUGGCGUGCUCCUGUGGCUCAUUGUCUUUGGUGUAAUCACUGCUGUCGGCUAUGGUAUCUGGCAUUGCUACUGGGAGUACAGUACUCUGAGCCGGAAGCCAGGUGCUAACGUCACCAUCUCUGAUAUCGGCUUUCACACAGACUUCAGCAUUUACCUUCAGCUCAGCCAGACGUGGCUCGUUUUCAUGAUCUCCCUGUCAGUGAUUGAGGCCAUCAUUGUGAUUAUGCUGAUAUUUCUGAGGACAAGGCUGCGCAUUGCUGUUGCAUUACUGAAGGAGGGAAGCAAGGCCAUUAGCUACAUCAUGUCCACUCUCUUCUACCCUGUCAUCACCUUUUUCCUUCUGGCCAUCUGCAUAGCUUACUGGGCCGUUACAGCAGUCUUUUUAGCAUCAUCUGGUUAUGCAGUCUAUAAGGUCACACCUACUGAUGAUAAAUGCAUGUAUGCCAACCUCACAUGCAAUCCAAAGACUUUCAGUCAGACCAACAUCACCAAAGUGUGCCCUGGGUCACAAUGCAUGUUCGCCUUCUAUGGUGGGGAGAGUGUGUACCACCGCUACAUCUUAGUCCUCCAUUUGUGUAACCUGUUCGUGUUCCUCUGGCUGGUCAACUUUACCAUCGCCUUGGGCCAGUGCACCCUGGCUGGGGCCUUCGCUUCCUACUACUGGGCCCUGAAGAAGCCGAACGACAUCCCCGCCUGCCCCCUCUUCUCCUCAUUUAGCAGAGCCAUACGUUAUCACACAGGCUCCCUCGCUUUUGGUUCUCUGAUCAUUGCUGUGGUGCAGAUGGUCCGAAUUGUUCUCGAGUACCUGGAUCACAAACUGAAAGGUUCUCAGAAUGCCUGCGCUCGAUACCUGCUUUGCUGCCUGAAAUGCUGCUUCUGGUGCCUGGAACAUUUCAUCAAGUUUAUAAACAGAAACGCUUACAUUAUGAUAGCAAUAUAUGGGAAGAACUUCUGCACCUCUUCCAAGGACGCUUUCUUCCUCUUGAUGAGGAAUGUUAUUCGGGUGGCUGUUCUGGACAAGGUGACAGAGUUUCUGCUCUUCUUGGGAAAACUGCUUAUUUCAGGAAGUGUUGGUGUUCUCGCAUUUUUCUUCUUCACACAUAAAAUACCAGCUAUUCAAGAGGAGGUGCCGUCCCUAAAUUACUACUGGGUGCCCCUUCUGACGGUGAUAUUUGGAUCUUACAUGAUUGCACAUGGUUUUUUUAGCGUUUAUGCCAUGUGUGUGGACACAUUGUUCCUGUGCUUUUUGUGGGACCUGGAAGUGAACGACGGCUCUCCCGACCGGCCCUUCUACAUGGACAAAACCUUGAAGAGCAUCCUCAACAAGAAUAACGUCCAGAAAAAGAAAAAAGAAGAAAGGUGAGGGAAGGAGAAACACUGGAGGUCAUGUACCAGAGCAUGGUACAAGUCCAUGUGACAAUAAGCAUUUUGCCAAAUGUGAUUUAAGUGUACGUAAGUUCCACCUGUACACAACAAUGGACAAACUGUCGAUAAGCAGCUGUAAUAAUUUGAUCCACCCACACACUCACAAUUUAUGGAUUUGAUAGCUCUUUGGUAUAUAUAGCUAACUCCAUGAGUCUAAAAAAAUUCAUUGUAAUGGAUGGUGUACAAAGUCUUGGCAAGUUCUUGUAAAUAUUCUUUUUAGAAUUAUAACUGAAAAAUGGUUUGCGGCAAACGUUUUACACAGCCAUUAAAAGCUAUACACAGCCACAGUCACACUACACAGUAAGUUCUUUUUGGAGCAAGUGAUUUCUUGGUUUAUUUAGGCUGUGGUAAACCUCAGCUGAUUUUGUUCUUGAUCUCUUGUAUUUGCUAGUUUUCACCACUUGAUGGUGUCAGUCAUAAACCAGACUUCUUCUGUGUGUUGUUGGGGCUGCAUGCACUGCUGAUUUUUUUUUUUCCCCAUGAAAUGGUCUAAUGUCAGCUCAUCUGUGUAUUGUUAUCACAGCUUUUGCCCUCAAAGUGUCUCACAUUGAGAAAAAUAUUCACCACUUAAUGUCCACUGUUUUCAUAUUUCAAGGACAUAAUGGCAUAGCAGUUCAAAGUGCUUCAUGCGUAAGUGCCUUUUUCUUAGAAUUGCCACAUUGAGUGUCUAAUUGCACGUUGCACCUACAUAGUUUACAUUUGAAGAUGUUUUUCUGAGACUUUUGAAGACGGUCGACAGCCAACGGUGGAGGUCUUUGUCUUUUCCAGAAAGGCGAAGUGGUAGGAUGUUCUGUGUUUUGCAGUUUGGAAGGACAUCACAUAACCAAAACAUCAUAGGUUUGUUCUCAGAAGCAACCGUUGUGUCCAAGCAGCAAAAAAUUUGGAGUCUGUACCUGUUACACGUGCCGUUUCUUUGCUUUUUAACGUGCUGCUGAUACGGGCACGGGUGUAACUCAGAGGGCAAUGCAUGAAACCCAUUACAAUGAUUAUAACCAGCACAGUGUGUGUAAUGUGGUGUUCGGUUGCUCUUAAAGUGAUGGUCACCAAAAAUAUGUCUUACUAGUUUUGGAGAGCCACCUCCUGUAGGUUUGAAAGACGGCUAAACAUGGUUCUUCACUUGUCAGUUUAUAUUGAUGUCACUUACAAUGUAGUCCAAUCCAGUGAAAUUUUAAAAAUGAUCAAAAGGUCCUCAGAAAGUCCACUUCUCCGCUGCUCAUCUUUAUGCUGUGAAUGUUUCAGCCACACUAAAAUCUGCCUGAAUAUGAGGCUUAGUCACCUGAAACAAAUGACAGCAACAACCCACAAAUAUAUAAAGCUAACUGCAUGAGCUACAAAUAGAGAAGCUUGUAUAAGUUUCUAUAAUCCUUUUUAUAUUUUUUCCAAAUGAUCAACCAUUUCGGUCUGAUCACAGCCACUGAAGGAUGCAGCUCCAAACCUACAGUGGGCAAGUCUUUGCUACUAACAAGAUGGAUUUGGGGUAGAGUAUCAUUUUAAUUUUGAUGAUUAUUGAAGUAAAUAUAAAACCUAAAUUUCUUGUUUGAGUUCUGAACAUCAUUUGAAACAGUUGGUUUUUCACUAUGGGUCCCCUUUUUUAGCCACAGUGGGGCUGGUCCCACAUAGUAUUAUAGAGUUAUUAGCAUUUUAGUCAAAAAACAUAUUUUAUUAAUCUGAUUAAUGAGUUUAAAAAAAAAAAACUUGUUAUAUAUAUAUUUCAUUGGUUUCUCCUUGAAGUAUAAGCUCAUAUCUGGCAUCAGCAUAUGAGCUGAUAUGCUUUUGUGACACAACUGAUGUGAAGUUCAGUUUGCAUUGAUCGAUUUGGAUUUUUGCUUUGAAGCAAGAAUCCAGUAUAUGCUUGAUUAAUUUCUUUGCACAAUGAGACAUAUGCAGUUUGCGUGUUAGCAGGCUGUUGUUAAGCCAGCUGGUGAAAUAAGUGGGUGACACAGCUCUUGGCAGAUUUACACACUCUGUCCUCGUAUUCAGACAUACAGACAUGAAAGGUUUGAAGAGGCUUUCUUUUUUUUCCAAAAUGGAUUUAUGCAUCCCUCUGUAUGAUACUGCCCUUUAGAUCUUUGAGAUGUGACUCAUGUUUGUGAGUCUUGGUAUCGUGUUUGUCAAACCUGAAAACCUACCCUCAUGGUGCCUCAGAGUGACAGCACUGCCAGACUUACACACCUUAUGCCCCCGUUUGAGCUGAACACGCUGGGACAUGUACAACAUUAACCAUUCAAUAAAAGCAAAACAACUGUGCUUCUGUACCUGAAAGGAGAGAAACGAUGCAUGUAGUGCUCAGUGUGGCAUAAUACACAUGUGGCAUGUUGUUCCUUUUCUUACUGGCUACGUACUAACUGAAAAACUACUAUUCUCCCACUUGAAUUUUGUAUAUUUUUGUGCAUGCAGCUCAGGUUUAGCUUCAUUCCCAUGAGGGUGAAUACCUUAGAUCUGAUAAGUGAAGUAAAAACUGUGUUUUUAUAUGCUUCCCCCUCCCUUCCAUGUCUGGAAAUUAGAUUCUUUUGGUCAACCACAGUCAACAAGUACACACAAGUAAAACUUCUCUCUUUGUUAGAAUGGGCGUCAGUUUUCUUACAGCAGACUCUUGAAAGUCAAAAUCUGAAGAUGCUGUGCUCUAACCUGUCGAUUGCCAGAAAGAUCAGCUAUACUCCAAACUGUUAUUUAUUUAUUGCAGCUCAUUUGUGCAGAAAGCUGACAGUAUUAACGUCUCUGUCUUAUAUUUAUUUAUACAGUAAAAGUUGCAUGUAUUUUUUUUUAACAGAAUAUAUUGCCCAUGUCAAUAUUCAUCAUAAUACAGAUGUGCUUUUUUACUUCUGUUUUUAUCAA